AUGGCAGACGAGUACCCUUCCGCCGAAGUAAUCGGCAUCGAUAUCUCAGCAGUUCAGCCAGCCUUUGUACCGCCAAACUGCAUAUUCCAGAUUGAUGACGCCCAACUUGACUGGACGUUUGAAACGAAUGACUUCGACUUCAUUCAUCUCCGCUAUCUUUACGGUGCCAUUGACGACUGGCAGAAGCUCUUUCAUCAAGCUUACACGCAUAUACGGCCAGGCGGCUGGGUCGAAAGCCUCGAAAUCGAUAUCGAAACACGCAGCGAGAGUCCCGAAGUACAUAACAACAAGGAUCAUGUUUUCCGAAAAUGGUAUCAGCUCUUCUUUGAAUGCGGUCGCAAGACUGGUCGAACUUUUGAGAUUGCCAGAGAUGGACGCCAGGAAGAAUACAUGCGCGAAGCAGGCUUUACAGAUCUGGUGUCCCAGUCAUGGAAGGUCCCUAUUGGAGGCUGGGCGCAGGAUAAGAAGCUGAAGCAAGUUGGUUUAUAUAAUGGUGCUUUCAUUGAGCAGUCUAUCGAUGGUUUUGCUGUCUUUCCGAUCGGCGAGAUAUUGGGCUGGCCGAUUGAGGAAGUUACGACUCUGGUCAAUGAGAUGAGAAGAGCAUUUAGAGAUCCUAGAUCUCUGCCCUACUUUGUUGUGCAUAUGGUUUAUGGUCGAAAGCCAGAGAUGUAG